CUGUUUGCACAAACGAGGACCAUUGUCCUGCGUCGAUGGGUUGUCGGCUUUGGGGUCCUAUAUACACAAAUCAAAUCCGUUGAACUUAUUGAAUGUUGUUUUACUAAGCCAUCGGCCCAUCCACACUUACAAAAGACCGCUGUUUUGAGCCCAUUGACACGUGCUGUCGCGCGCCCGCAAGGUGAUAUGGUUAUUCGCUCAAGAAAGAAGAAAGAGGAAUGCUCAAAAGUUGAACUCAAGAAGGAUAUUGGUAUACUGAAGGGUGUUAGCCUUGUUGUCGGUAUAAUUGUUGGAUCAGGCAUUUUCUUAUCACCUGUUGGUGUUUUACGCCACACUAAUUCGAUUGGACUGUCCUUUGUAAUGUGGGUUGUGGCCGGAUUAUUCAGUGCGCUAGGAGCUAUGGUGUAUGCAGAACUCGGUGUCACGAUACCGAGAUCUGGAGCAGGAAAAGUAAUAGCUUUACUGCUCACUAUCGGAUUUGGGAUUGCUUAUCUUGCUCGAGGCCAGGUUAGCAGUUUUAAAGAUCCUUUCGAAGAUAGUGCGACGUCUCCCGGAGCGUUAGCAAGUGCAUUUUAUCAAGGUUUCUGGUCCUUUGCUGGCUGCAACCUACCGAUUGUCAUCAUCAUAUCACUCAUAGUCGUAACAGUAAUCUAUCUCUUGGCAAAUGUGGCGUAUCUGGCGGUUUUGUCACCUUAUGAAGUCCUUAACUCCGAUGCUGUGGCAGUGACAAUGGCUAAUCGAUGCAUGGGCGUGAUGGCUUGGAUCAUGCCCGUGUUUGUAGCUGCGUCCGUUUUUGGUAGUAUCAACGGCGAGGUAUUGUCAAUGUCCAGGGUUUGCUUUGCUGGUGGAGAGAAGGGUCACACGCCCGCAAUUCUUUCCAUGGUUAGCGUGACCAACCUAACACCAAUUCCUUCCAUAGUUGCAAUGAUCCUUGUCUCCAUUCUCUUCCAAUUCUUUCCCGAUUUGUACGUCCUGAUCGAAUACACCGGUCUGGCUUUUACGAUUGUCUCCGGUGUUGCGGUUUGCAGUUUGAUUCACAUCAAACGGACACACCCCGAAUUGAACAGGACCGCAUUUAAGCUACCCAUGUUCCUUCCGGUUUUAUACCUGAUUGUCAACUUCAGUAUUGGAAUAUUCUCCAUUUACAAUGGCCCUUUGAACGCACUGAUUGGCCUCGGAAUAAUGGCCAUUGGUAUACCUCUCUACAUAAUUGGCAUCGCGUGGAAAAACAAGCCCCGUAUCAUUGAAUCCGCAUUGUACAAAUUUACGGUAACAACGCAAAAAGUCCUCAGCGUCGUGCAGCAAGAAGCCGUUACGGACGUUAUACCAGUUGAGCCAGAGGAGGAGGACGUGAUGAAAAAGAUGCGGUUACUGAAAACCUACCAGAAGGCCAGGAGCUAUAAAAUGCUGCCAGAAGGCUCUUGCUACGGAAAACGAGUAGUUCAUUAUGAACAACCACAGGCUAUGCGAGUCAAGUAUUCGAGUCAUUGGGACAGAGAGAGCUCUUCCAUGGCCAUCCUCCGCGAGAUAAUUCAUUCUCCAAACUACUACAGCUCUCUUCGAGUAAUCCGGGAGUUGCAAGACCGGUAUUUUAAAUACUUUUGCUUUCUUGUCGUGCAUUGUAUUCGGACUUUGCCACAGCGGACAAACAUGGUUUUCGGGUCGAAGAAAAAGAAGGCAGGAGUCCAAAAAAUAGAGCUGAAAAAGGAUAUUGGCAUCCUAAAGGGCAUUGGAAUAGUGGUCGGAAUAAUUGUUGGUUCAGGCAUUUUCCUGUCGCCUGUUGGAGUUUUGCGCAUCACAAAUUCUGUUGGCCUCUCGUUUAUCAUGUGGAUCGUCACUGGAUUAUUCAGCGCACUUGGCGCUAUUGUAUACGCAGAACUUGGUGUCACCCUCCCACGAUCCGGGGGUGAAUACAUAUAUAUUCUCGAAACGUUUGGUCCGUUCUUGGCUUUCAUGGCCCUCUGGAUCACUUUCUUCGUGAUUGGGACUGUUGCUUGCGCUGUCAACUCUAUGGUAGCAGCCAACUACAUUUUGAAGCCUUUUUUCCCCACGUGCGAUGUGCCGAUCUCUGCGGUUCAGUUGGUGGCAAUUUUAGUCCUACUACCUUUAGUAACACUUUGCUUCAUCAACUGCUACCGAGUCACAUGGGCCACAAAACUGUCUGUGGUUUUCACAGUCGGAAAGGUUUUUGCAUUACUACUUGUCAUCGGAUUCGGAUUUGCUUAUCUCGCUAAAGGCAACGUCGAAAGCUUCAGAGACUCGUUUGAAAACAGUGCGACUUCUCCGGGGGCACUAGCAAGCGCUUUUUAUCAAGGAUUCUGGUCCUAUGCUGCUUGGAACUACCUGAAUUUUCUCACUGGGGAAAUGAAGAAUCCAGCUCGAAACCUACCCAUUGUAAUCGUAUUGUCAUUGAGCCUGGUAACAGUGAUCUACGUCCUGGCCAACGUUGCGUACUUGGCGGUCUUAUCACCUUAUGAGAUCUUAAACUCUGAUGCUGUGGCGGUGACAAUGGCCAAUCGAUGCAUGGGCGUGAUGGCUUGGAUUAUGCCUGUCUUUGUCGCCGCAUCCGUUUUUGGCAGUAUCAACGGUGAGGUGCUCUCCAUGUCCAGGCUUUGUUUUACUGGUGCAGAGGAAGGUCACAUGCCCAGUAUCUUGUCCAUGGUCAGUGUGACCAAUCUAACACCGAUUCCCUCGGUGCUCGCCAUGGUUCUCCUCUCCAUUUUCUUCCAAUUCUCUCCUGAUUUGUACGUGUUGAUCGAAUUCACCGGCCUAGCCUUUACAGUCGUCUCCGCUAUUGCAGUGUGUAGUUUGAUUCACAUCAAACGGACGAAUCCAGGCUUGAACCAAACCAAGUUUAAACUGCCCAUGUUUUUUCCCAUCUUAUACCUGAUCGUCAACUUUGCUAUUGGAGUAUUUUCCAUCUACAAUGCACCGCUCAACUCGUUGAUUUGUAUCGGUCUAAUGGCUAUCGGCAUACCACUCUACGUACUCGGCAUUGCGUGGAAAGACAAGCCCCGUUUCAUUCAGAAUGCAUCGUCUCGCCGGCGUGUUGGAAGCAUGGUUUUCAGUUCAGGGAAAGAAGACGAGUCGAAUGAAAAAGUCCACCUGAAGCAGGAUAUAGGCAUCUUAAAGGGUGUUGGAAUUGUGGUCGGCAUAAUUGUUGGUUCAGGAAUUUUCCUAUCUCCUGUGGGGAUUUUGCGCAUUACCAAUUCGAUUGGCCUUUCCUUUAUUAUGUGGAUCGUUACUGGCUUGUUCAGCACAGUUGGGGCCAUUGUAUACGCAGAGCUUGGAGUCACGAUACCACGAUCUGGUGGUGAAUAUAUAUACAUCCUGGAAACGUUCGGCCCGUUCUUGGGUUUUAUGGCACUUUGGAUCACUUUUUUCGUGAUUGGCACUGUUUCUUGUGCAAUCAAUUCUCUCGUGUUAGCCAAUUAUAUCUUGAAGCCAUUAUUUCCUGCGUGUGAUGUUCCUGCUUCUGCAGUUCAGUUGGUAGCACUCAUAGCCGUCCUAACACUUUGCUUCAUCAACUGCUAUCGUGUUGCUUGGGCGACGAAACUAUCUGUGGUAUUCACGGCUGGGAAGGUCCUGGCUCUGCUACUCAUAGUCGGAUUCGGGAGUGCUUAUCUUGCUCGAGGUAACGUCGGGAGCUUCAAAGAUCCCUUCGAACACAGUGCGACCUCCCCAGGUGCACUAGCCAGCGCCUUCUAUCAAGGGUUCUGGUCAUUUUCUGGAUGGAACUACUUGAACUUCCUCACUGGAGAAAUGAAAAAUCCCGCACGGAACCUUCCCAUUGUAAUUGUCUUGUCAAUGAGCCUCGUAACAGUGGUCUACAUCUUGGCCAACGUUGCGUAUCUGGCGGUCUUGUCACCUUAUGAGAUCCUGAACUCUGAUGCUGUGGCGGUGGCGAUGGCCAAUCGGUGCAUGGGUGUGAUGGCUUGGACUAUGCCUGUGUUUGUUGGUGCGUCUGUGUUUGGCAGUAUCAACGGUGAGGUACUCUCCAUGUCUAGACUUUGCUUUACCGGUGCAGAAGAAGGUCACAUGCCCGCUAUACUAUCAAUGGUCAGCGUGACCAAUAUGACACCGAUUCCUUCCAUUCUCGCCAUGAUCCUGCUCUCCAUUUUCUUCCAAUUUUCUCCCGAUUUGUAUGUCUUGAUCGAAUAUACCGGUCUUGCUUUUACGGUUGUCUCCGGUAUUGCAGUAUGCACUCUUAUCCAUAUCAAACGGAACAAUCCGGGAUUGAACAAGACGAAAUUUAAGCUGCCGAUGUUCCUCCCCAUCUUAUACUUGAUUGUCAACUUUGGCAUUGGAAUAUUCUCCAUCUACAACGCACCGCUCAACUCGCUGAUUUGUCUCGGUCUGAUGGCAAUGGGUAUACCACUUUACAUAAUCGGUAUCGCGUGGAAAACCAAACCUCGUGUGAUUGAGUCUGCUUCAUGUAAGUUGGUCCACGACUAUCCUUUUGCUUCGCUGCCGAUGUUCCUCCCCAUCUUAUACUUGAUUGUCAACUUUGGCAUUGGAAUAUUCUCCAUCUACAACGCACCGCUCAACUCGCUGAUUUGUCUCGGUCUGAUGGCAAUGGGUAUACCACUUUACAUAAUCGGUAUCGCGUGGAAAACCAAACCUCGUGUGAUUGAGUCUGCUUCAUAUAAAUUCACCAUAACAAUGCAGAAGAUCUUCAACGUCGUGCAACAAGAACCAGUCGCCGAUGUCAUGCCAGUUGUCCAAGAGGAAGAAAACGAUGUGAGAAACCGUAACUUGUUGACUCCAACCCUUACUGCAUAA